AUGGCCGACGGCACCGUCCCCGAGGAGAGUUCUCCCGACCGGGGAUCGAGCGCGGGGCCCGAAGGCUCGGACACCGAGCCUGAGCCCGGCGAGGCCCGCCGUGACGGAGAGGACGAGGAAGUGCAGCAAGAGACGGCGGCGGCGGGGCCGCGGAACGCCGGAGGUCAGAGUGCGGAUCCCGAGCGGGUCGAGGAGCGCUUCAGGAUCAAUCGGAAGAAGUUGGAGGCCAUGUUGUACGCUCCCAAGAGUGGAGACGCAGUGACGGGCGAGGAGUUUUUUGAGAAAGUGAUGAAAGAAACCGACACUCAGGUGAAAUGGCCGUCCAAGUUGAAGAUUGGUGCCAAGUCGAAGAAAGACCCGCACGUGAAGGUGGAAGGGAAGAAAGAAAAUGUUCUGGAAGCUAAAAAGAAGAUUCUAGAAGUCCUAGAAACCAGGGCAAACAAGGUGACUCUGAAAAUGGACGUGGCCUACACGGAGCACUCCCACGUCAUCGGCAAAGGUGGCGGAAACAUCAAGAAGGUGAUGGAAGUCACUUCCUGUCACAUCCACUUCCCAGACUCCAACCGCCACAAUGCGGCCGCGGAGAAAAGCAACCAGGUGUCGAUUGCUGGACCCGUCGAGGGAGUGGAAGAGGCCAGGAGGAGGAUAAGAGCUCUGCAGCCGCUGACUUUGACGUUCGACCUGCCGGUCAGCUUGGCCCCUCAGGCCCUGCCGGACGCCGGCUCGCCUCUCAUCCAGCAGGUGGUGCAGACGUUCGGGGUCAGCGUGAGCUUCAGAGCGCUGCCGCCGCAGCCUCAGGCUCAGCCCGCCUUCUUCGGGAGCUGCUGCACCGUGUGGGGCCUGCAGGGCAACGCCUCGGCGCUCAAGAAGGCCACCCGCGUCCUGAUGGAGCUGCUCCUGGGUUCCGAGGUGACGGGUAGCGCCGUGAGCAGCCAGCUGGACGUCACCUCGCAGCAGCACCUCUUCUUGUUGGGGCAGAACGGCGCCCACUUCCUGAGCGUCAUGCACCACACGCAGACUCAGAUCAUCCUACCCGACCUCAGCGCACCCCAAAACCUCCCCUCGCUGGUCAUCCACGGCAGCCCCGAUGGGGUGUGUCUGGCCCGGCAGCAGCUCUUGGACUGCCUGCCGGUGUGUUUGAUGUUUGACAUGCGGGACGACGCCGACGCCGAUCCGUGUGCGCUGGCUCAGAUGAUGCAGAACCUCGGCGUCUUCAUCAGUGUCAAGCCCAAAGUCAAACAGACCAACAAGUCGGUGGUGGUGAAAGGCCUGGAGAGGAAUAUCCAGUGCCUUUACGAAGCCCGCCGCCGGUUGCUGGGCUUGGAUUCUUGCGACGCCACCAGGGCGAGCAAGGUGACCCCUGACCCCGUCCUGGCGGGCAACGAGCUGACCAGCUAUUGGCUCAACAUGCUGCUGCAGCAGCUGCGGCUCUCCGAACACGGGCCCGUACCUGCUCCUAUUCCGGAAAUUCUAAGCGGCCCGAAGGCCCGUCCGUCGCCUCCGCCCGGGCUGCCUGCCCCCACUGAAGAAGGGAGGGCGGGACUGAAGGGAACAGACAGCCGUCCGCUGGAGAAGAUCCUAGAGAACGAUGACCAGUCUGGCCAAUCAGACGACGACAGUUCUAAGCACACGCUGAUGACGACGCCACCGGAGGACACGUUGAACUUCCCCAGAGCGACGCCGAUGGGCCGGAGGGGGAGUCUGCAGGGUCCCGAGACCGGCAAAGUUUUCAACCCGACCAGACGCCACUCCACGGGUCAGGCGUUUACGAGCAGGAUGCAAAACGCAGAAUCGGAGCGAGGACGGCCGGAGCGCAGGAGCGGCCCGAGGGGAGACCCGAUGCCGCCGCCGCCGCCGCCGCCGGACCCUCGCGCGGAACUCUCCGAGUCCCAGGUUGAUGACUACGAGAAGAAGAAAUUGCUGGCGACCAGAGCGAUGCAGAGGAAGCCGGUGGUGACCGAAGUCCGAACCCCCACGGACACCUGGAGCGGUCUCGGCUUUUCCAAGUCAAUGCCGGCCGAAGCCGCCAAGGAGCUCCGGAACGUCGGCCGUCGCAGUUACAAGCACUACGUGAGCUCAGCCAGCGGCCAGUCGUGGGCCAGUCAGAACGGGAGCAAUUCGGACAACUGGAGGGACAGACGCGGAUCCCAUCCCGCCUCCUCGUCCUCGUCCUCCUCCUGCUCUUCCUCUUCCUCGCCGUCCUCCCCCCCGCCCACGACCUUCUCACCCCCCUCCCACUUCCCCACCUUUGCAGCCAACAGAAACAGAAGUGGCAAACCCCCGGACGCCUUCCCGGGUUGCAACUACUUUGACGAGGUGUGCUCAUCCAGGAGGGCGUCUACCUGCAGCCGGCGUAGCCCCUCCCCCCUGACGACGGACGACCUGCCGGAGCUCCUCGGCCAACUGGGCUUGAUCAAGUACAUUGACGUGCUGGAGCAACAAGAGAUCGACUACCAGACCUUCCUGACGCUGUCUGACGACGACCUGAAGGAAGUGGGCGUGUCCACCUUUGGCGCCAGGCGCAAGAUGCUCUUGGCCAUCUCAGACCUGAACAAGAGCAAGAGGAGGCCUUCGGACGCGGCCGGCGUGAAGUCCGGCUACCUGGAAGGCGGCGCCAGCGGCCGACUGCCUCGGAUCGCAGACAUGGAAGUCGCUGCCCUGAGUAACCGCUGGUGA